UAUUUAGUGAACGACGGGUCGUCUCAGCCACAGUUUCAAAAGCUCUCCUCCGGUGGUGGACCCGCGGAUGUCGAUGGUUCUCGGUUCGGUCGUCCUUUUUGCCUUUUUUUUUGUUGUACGCAGUGACUAUUACCAUAAAAAUUGAUCACGGACGCUGCGGUAUUCAGGAAUAGAAGAGAAAGUGUGUUUUCCAUACUCGCAAAAAAUUGCUGCAAAAUUUCCAUGCUAAUAAGUUACCUAUUUUAUUAUCGUGUGUACCUGUGGGCGCAUAAUGAAAGUAUGAAUAUAAUAUUCAAGAAUGGAAUAAGUGUGUACGAUAAGUUGAGUUAUUGUUCGAAGAGGGAGAAAAAGCAAGGGUGAAUUUCAAUGCAAGUGCUCCAUGGAGAAUAAAGGAAUGUCGGAUGUGGAUUACGCUCGGAAUAACUCAAAGUGGAGACGACAAAAGUAGUGACCUGGAUGCUGCUGCCUUGUGCGAAUAAAAAUGCGAAUUAAUCGCGAUUGCCGUUGUCGUACCCAAAUGAGAGUAAUUGCCGACGACGACGCAUUACAAUAAAACGAUUGAUAAUAAAACUCAGCACGAGAGCACACCAUAAAAUGCUGCUAUGAAGCAGUCAGCGUUCCGAAUUAUACUAACCCUUGUCUCGCUGAACCACGUCACCGGAACCAUUCAAGUCGGCAAAAUCGGCCCAAAUGAGAACUCGUUCAAAACGCUGCCGCGACACUUUUGGCAAGAAAUUUCCUCCCCCUACACGGACCUGCCGGAUGACGACUUCGAGGAGGAAUCGGAGGAGAGCACCACCCACGAUCCGUACCCGUUCUUUGACGAUUCCAACAUGACGGCCAACGUCACGACCCAGCUUGGAAACGACGUGUAUCUGCACUGCCGCGUGAACGAUCUACGCGAGCGCACGGUGUCCUGGGUGCGCCGGAAAGGUGACGAAAUUCAUCUCAUCACGGUCGGGCGCCAUACCUACAGCAGCGAUUCGCGGUACUCGCUCCAGUACGAGGCGCCCAACGAUUGGCAACUGCUGAUUCAGUAUGCAAACGAGCGCGACGAGGGCCACUACGAGUGCCAGAUUUCGUCCUACCCGCCGCUCGUCUAUCUGGUCUAUCUGAUCGUUGUCGUUCCCAGGGUGGAGAUUGUCGACGAGCGGGGAGUUGCAACGGUGGAUAAGUUCUACAAAGCCGGCAGUACGAUCGAGCUGAAAUGUAUCAUCAGCAAGGUGCCCCAGCCCACCAGUUACGUGACGUGGAAGCACGGCAUGAGGAUGCUGAAUUAUGACACCAGCCGGGGCGGAAUAAGCGUCAAAACCGACCUGCUGAUCGGCGGAGCCAUGAGCCGGCUGUACAUCGCAAACGCCAACCGUUACGAUUCCGGAAAUUACACGUGCGCACUGGCGGACAUCGCCCAAGCGACCGUAUCGGUGCACGUGCUCAAUGGUGAAAAUCCGGCCGCGAUGCAACACGGUGGGGGCGUCAAAUGGGGUCCGUUGAGCAGCACUUUGGUGAUUCUACUCCUGGUGGUGGCCACCUGUGCCAACCGGUGACUAUAGAUACUGUUGUCCCUCAUGGCCACACUAUUAGGCACAAAUCAUUCGCUCUGAAGUCAUUCAUCACUGUGUAAAGUGUGUUAGUUCCACUACCAAAGACUAUAUUGUGCAAACCAAUAGAAGCAAAAUGAGAUAAAGCAAAAGUAAAACACUACAACAUAACUGUAACUUACCAACGUAUUUAUCCGAGAGGGUAUGAAACAAACAAACCUACGAUUAAUGGCAGACGACACUUGUACUAAUUGAACAAAAAUAAGAUUACAAAAAAAAGGUUGUGUAGAGCAGCAGCGUUAGACUUUUUUUCGGUGUAUCUUUCCUACACACACAAACACACAAAAGCAUAUAAUAUCCGCAUGUAAACUAAUACUAGCCCUUUCUUUGUCCUUAGCUACACUAAUCGAUGGGCAAUUCGUCUAAAGUAAUCUGUUUGUCCAUGCACUAGUGCAAAGUCGUUUGUUUUAGGGAACAAAGCAAUAACUCAAAAUUACUUCACAAACUAAUGUAUACUUCUUGUACUAUCCGCCUAAAACAAACCAUCAGUGCACCAAAAUUUCCCAUUUUCAGCAUCACAAAAGUUGUAUAAAAAAAAGAAAGAAAAUCCGAUUCCAGGCAUCAUCAAAAAGUCAUUCCAAAUCAAUUAUCUUACGAAAAAAAACAUUAUAAAUUUAAAACAAUGAAAAUCAAAUUGAAAUUCGUAUAUUGUGGAUCCAAUCUAGAUAGUACAUUUUUUACGAAAAUUUUAAUCGUGCAUUAACUAUUCCUUGUGUAAUAUUAUCUCAAGAAUAAAAAAAACACAAAACGUCGUGUAAAACAAGUCCAGCCAAAUUGGAGCAAGUUUAAAAACAACUUUAUUUGGCGACAAAUUUGAACCAGAGCCCCAGAGAGUGAGAUAGAAAACGGAAAAUAGAAAAUGUGUCCCAUAUCAAUACUUUUCCGAACCUUUUCCUAAACCGCAAACUAACAGUGUUCCGCACACGCAAAACGGUCAAGAUGGAAUUUAUUUACUGUGUUUCAACGAUGACGAAUCGAACCGCAUCACACACAAAAGAAGAAAAUAAACACGUUUGUAGUUUCCAUAGCGUAGAAUGAAAUUCUACACAGUGAUUCUAUAGUAAAAAUUUUGAAGGAAAUCUUUAUAUACCAAAAAAACGAACAAGAAGAAGAAGAGGGAAAAAAACCAGUACGAGGCGCUUAAAACAGCAAAAGAUGAGUGAAAUUAAUAGUGAGUAAAACCAAAACAUAAAACAAAUGUUGAUUUUGAAAACCAGCAUUAUUAAACUAUAAAACGUAUAAUUCUAUAUAAGUGUACUGCGCAUCAAAUUCAAAUAUAUUGGGAUGACUGUUCGCCACCGCUGUGGAUAGUCUUUUAUGUUGUACCCAGGAAAUUGUGAGUGAUAUAAGCUUUUAUAUCAACGACUCGUUAUCAGUGGAAUUAAAAAAAAAAGAAUAAUACAGAAAAAAACAAAGACACUUGUAGCUAAUUCAAUGACUAGCAAUAUGAAGAAGAACCAACAAAAAAAAAACAAUUUAAUCUUUCCAGCUGUUGAGAUAUAAAAGUAGAACCAGUAAUAAUAAUAA